GUGUUUUCUGCUGCCUGAUGGACUUUGCCAUAGCUCCUGCCUCGGUACCUACCUGGAUGCGGUCGCAGCGGGAUGAUCGGCUUGGCUUGCAGAGCAUUUACUUCUAAUCUCCGGCUUGUGACAUCCUAGCAGAAAGGGGCAGCCCACUCAGGAGCAGCUCCUCUGGCUAGAAAGAGGGGAAAUGGCUGGUGAACGGUUGUGAUGAGACAAUUCCUAGUUCUGGACAUGACCUUCAGCACCACAAUGAAUCAGGAAAAACCUGUCAAAUCCUCCUAGCUCCCCAGCUGUGCAAUUUGCUGCUCCCUCGCUGUUCCCCAGACAGCAGCUUUUCUCACCCAAAGCACAGAAACCAGAAAGUCACAAAUGACAGCUGAAAAGUGAAGCAUUACCAAAAGCUGCGUGAGACUCUGUCAAAGAGAACCUUUAUAUAUAAUUCUCCUUCUGAGCCGGGGAAGCUGUGCAUCCCAUCAGUUCCAAAGAACGGAGAGGAGAUAUGUUCAAGUAACCAACACCAGAAACUGAGCAAAUCCACACACAUUUUGGAAUACCUACACAGUGACCCACAGAAUUUAGAGUUCUCCAUUCAGAAUGGAUGAUCGAUAUAGAAACACAAACCAGGUCUCAGAUGACUACAGGUACCAGGAUGGCAACUACAAUGCACCCAAUGACGGCUACUACCGGGGUGGGGAUGAGCCCGCGCAGGAAGAGGAUGCCCAGAGUGAUGUCACAGAAGGCCACGAUGAGGAUGAUGAGGUCUAUGAAGGGGAGUACCAAGGGAUCCCACACCCAGAUGACAUUAAAGAGAAGCAGAAGAAGCGAGCUCCUGCCGUGGAUGAUGAGUACAGAGACCGCGCUGACCUCAUGGCCGAGAGGAUGGAGGAUGAGGAGCAACUCGCCCACCAGUACGAGAACAUCAUUGAGGAGUGUGGCCACGGACGCUUCCAGUGGACUCUCUUCUUUGUUUUAGGGUUGGCACUGAUGGCAGAUGGGGUGGAGGUGUUUGUGGUUGGAUUUGUUCUUCCCAGUGCGGAGAAGGAUAUGUGCUUGUCCAGUUCCAACAAAGGGAUGCUGGGCUUGAUAGUCUACUUAGGAAUGAUGGUGGGGGCUGUCUUGCUGGGCGGCCUCGCUGAUAAACUGGGAAGAAAGCAAUGCCUCAUCAUAUCACUUGCAAUCAAUGCUGCCUUUGCAUUCCUCUCCUCCUUCGUCCAGGGAUACGGAUUCUUCCUCUUCUGCCGCCUUAUCUCGGGCCUCGGUAUUGGGGGCACCCUCCCCAUCGUGUUUGCCUAUUUCUCUGAAUUCCUGUCUCGUGAGAAGAGGGGGGAACACCUGAGCUGGCUUUGCAUGUUCUGGAUGAUUGGUGGCAUUUAUGCUUCAUCAAUGGCUUGGAGCAUCAUCCCACAUUACGGCUGGGGGUUCAGUAUGGGAACCAAGUACCACUUCCACAGCUGGAGAGUCUUUGUGCUCGUGUGCGCUCUGCCCUGUAUCGCCUCCCUGGUGGCACUGAAAUUCAUGCCUGAAAGCCCACGGUUUUUGCUGGAGAUUGGCAAACAUGAUGAAGCUUGGAUGAUACUCAAGCAAGUUCAUGACACCAACAUGCGGGCCAAGGGUGAGCCAGAGAGGGUGUUUACGGUUUCCUAUAUCAAAACUCCAAAGCAAGUAGAUGAGUUUAUUGAAAUCCAGAGCUCAACAGGGACUUGGUACCAGCGGUGGCUGGUCAGAAUCACGACUACUUUAAAGCAGGUCUGGGACAACGUGCUAUAUUGUUUAACAGCUCAGUACAGGAUGAACACACUGAUGCUGGCUGUGGUUUGGUUUACAAUGGCCUUAAGUUACUAUGGCCUUAUUGUCUGGUUCCCUGACAUGAUCCGAUAUUUCCAAGACGAGGCAUACGAAUCCCGAGUGAAGGUCUUUGAUGAGGAAGAAGUGUCCCAUUUCACCUUUAAUUUCACCCUGGAAAACCAGAUCCAUAGAAAUGGGGAAUACAGGAAUGACAAAUUUAUUGGCAUGAAAUUCAAGGAAGUGAGAUUUGAGGAUUCAUUAUUUGAGGAUUGCUACUUUGAAGAUGUGAGAUCCAGUGAGACCUUCUUUGAAAACUGCACCAUCAUCUCUACUAUCUUUUAUAACACCGAUCUCUACGAACACAAAUUCAUCAACUGCAGGCUCAUCAACAGCACGUUCAUGAAGGAGAAGGAAGGCUGCCACAUCGACUUUGAGGAGGACAAUGAUUUUCUGAUCUACCUGGUCAGCUUCCUGGGCAGCCUGUCCGUGCUGCCAGGCAACAUCAUCUCUGCAUUGCUCAUGGACAAAAUCGGGAGGAUAAAGAUGAUCGGAGGCUCAAUGCUGAUCUCAGCCGUGUGCUGCUUCUUCCUGUUCUUUGGGAACAGCGAGUCUGCGAUGAUCGGCUGGCAGUGCCUCUUCUGCGGGGCCAGCAUCGCCGCCUGGAACGCCCUGGAUGUCAUCACCGUGGAGCUCUACCCCACGGACAAAAGGGCAACAGCCUUUGGCAUCCUCAACGGGCUUUGCAAGUUUGGUGCCAUCCUUGGGAACUCCAUCUUUUCCUCCUUCGUAGGGAUAACCAAGGUGGUUCCCAUCCUCCUGGCCUCCUCCGCCCUGGUUGGAGGUGGGCUGCUCGCUUUGCGCCUGCCAGAGACUCGAGAGCAGGUCCUGAUGUGAGCAGCAGAGGCCAGGGGGCUUGGGUGGGGAGGGCAGAUGUCGAGCAACAAAAAAGAGCCAUGUCUGGAAAACCCAAGGAGUUCAUUCUAUACUGCUCUGUGGAUACCUAAAAGCGAGACGGCAGAGGGAAAGAAGAACCCGCAGAGAUAUAAACAAACCCAUCGUUUCUGACCUUGUUACAGCCCCGAGUGGUGCAUGCAGCCCCCACACACCCCUUGCAGAGCUUGGGUUCCACCCUGCUGGGAGCCUCCCCGUCCCCAUCCAUCCCCCUGCAAGGGCACCAGAGGCAGACAGCGGCUCCAUGCCCACGUGGGUGUGACACUGGGGGACAGACCCCGACCCUCCUGCCUCUGCCCAGCUGUGGCACCCCGCCCUGCCCGCCCAGCACUCCUUGGCCAUCCACAUCAGCUGUGCUCAGGCACGCAGAGCUUCCAGGGGGAGGCAGGUAACCAACCUGCUGUAGGUGAGCUCCAGCAACAGGGGUAAGGCGUGUCUUGAUUUUGGGAUUACCACUCCACCCACCUGGAAGAGUUGAGAGUCCUGACUUCUUGAGGAUGUGAGGGUGGGUGCUCAGCUGUCUCAGAAGACUCAGAGCUUCAAAGCCCUUUCCUGUCUUCGCUGUCUUGGGCACAGGGAAUCACUAGGCACCUUCUUGCUGUGGAAGAGAAAUAUCUGAAUAAUUAUAUAUAUAUAUAUAUGUAUGUAUUUACACCUACUUGCAAACGUACAUACACCCAUUGAAGUGAUCAGCUAUUAAAAGUUAGGAUUUUUAAUUUCUGCACCCUUAAGAGGACUUUAGGAGUGACACUGACACUAAAAACAAAUCUCAGUAAUUCAAAAUUAUCAGGAGUCAUGACCAACUUAGUGAUGCUUCAUUCUUUACAUCCAGAUACCAAAUAUUUAGAUGUAUUAAUGGCUGGGAAUAUAUAUUUCUAUAAUGAUUAAGAGGGGUUUUUUCCUACAACUUUCACCGAAGAGAAAUUGAUAUGGUGUUGGAGCAUUCCACAAACCAAAUGUGUACAUAUUAUCCAGUGUAAAUAGGGGAUUUUUGCUUAAUACCUACAGUACGGUAACUGUGAAUUUACCAGCAUUUUAGCCAUAUUAUUUGAAGAAUACAAUGCUUGAUUUUCUAAUAUACCUGGGUCUCAUUGAAACACUGUAAGCACAGUUACUUAAAGCCAUUUAACUCGUUACACAGGGAAUGCACACAGCAAGCUUUCACUGUACAGAACAUUAAAUUCUGCAUUAAGUGGCACAGUUUAGUUUGAUAUCCUGUGGAGAGCAUUUCUGAAAUUUGUGUGCCCUUUCUAUCACAGGAGUUAAGUCCUGUUGAACCUAGAGGCAAAGUUGUGUAUUUUGGGAAGCCAGAAUGAAAAUCAUCCUGUUCAAUAACACACCAAUGCUCACAAUGGAUGAGAUAACACUAAUUAUAUCCUGUCAACAAGCUCAGCAAUAGACCAGAAUUGAUCUGAAACCACCACAUAGUGCAGCUAAUUUGUCUAACCAGGAUAUUUUGUGACACAAGAAGUUCUUUUGUACUUUUGCUGGUGAUCUUCUCAUUUACCUUUCAUUGGAUCAUCUUAGUUGGGUUUUGUUUAUUUCUGCUUUUUUGGUGUUUUUUUUGUUUUUGUUUUUGUUUUUGUUUUUGUGGGUGGUUUUUUUUUGUUGUUGGUUUUUUUUUGUUUGUUUGUUUUUUUUUUUAAGAAAACCAAGCGAGUCUAGGCUGAAAUCCUGCAGGAGUGAUGUCUCACACCCCUGCCUUUUUCUGCACAGGCACAGUCCCGUGCACUUAGGCUGGCACCAGGGCCAGCCCAGACUGCAGCUGUGGGAGUCAGCAUGGUGCUGCUGCAGGGGCAGCUGAAGGACACACAGGGUUAGAGAUCUCAAGCAGCAAAAGCCUCUAAUGAGCAUCACUUUUAUCAUUGUGUCAAUCAGGGAUAAACACUCAUGGAUCAGCUAGGCUACAAUGGGCUGCUUGAGAUUUUUGACCUUUAAUAUGAGGUUUAUGAAAUUGAUAAUAUCGCAAGCUGCUGUAAUAACUGAGCUUAUUAUGCCUCAUUCCUUCAUUUUUUUGGGUAGCUUAGGGCCUUUUUGGUUUAAUUAUUUAUUUUAUUUAGUUGUCUUCAAAACAACAAGGUUCCUUCUCUAAGGCAGGAGUGAAUGUAAUUAUGUCCUUUGCAGCAGAUCACAGCUUCUGUUCAGAACCACAGCCCAGAAUGUGGGUAUUUUCUCUAAGAAUAUCUGGUCCUUUUGCAUGAUUAGAAAUGAUUUAAAUAUAUAUUUUAAUGCAAAAGAUCACCAUGACCUUUAGGUUUCAUCCAUUUUGUUGGGCUGUGCUUGACAAUUACUACAAUGCAACUGGGCAAGGGGGGAAAAUUUUGUUUAAUUUUCUGGACUAUUUGCUUAUGCUGCUCUGAGGAGCCAGAACCUAUUUGUCUAAAUAUCUCUUGCAUAGCAUUCCUAUUUACAUGUCACCCAAUGCUCACAGCAAACCUGACUAUUUGUGUUCUCCCCUGACAUUUUGCAGUAACAUUAAUGACAUCAUUCAUUUUGCAAAACUUCCCUGUUAAUUUUCGGAGAAGAAAGAAACUGAAAUCUCGAGGAGAUAGAAAUGGCAAGGUAAUAUUAGGAAAUAUUAUCCAAUUUUAGAAACCUUUCUUCUUUACAGAACGGCUCUUUCACAGGCUGCUAAACCUCACCUCACAGACCAGCUGGGACAAGGUAAAGAGUAAUAGGAUCUCAUUGUCAAUGUCACCUGGAAGUUCUUUGCACCCCUAAAAUCCAUGGGUCAAACACUUGAGGGCUAAGGGAUAUUGCACAUGUUGGGGUGCUGGGACAAGUCUCCUACCCCUGGCUUGACCAGGGAGUGUGUGACCUAACAGGAGAGGGCAAACACACACCAGAGCUGGCAUAGGAGAGCCUGGGAUAAAGGACAGCAAUGAGCAGAGAAGGAAGAAAGGAAAAGCAAAGGAGAACUCCCAUCACCUAGCUGAGACACCUAGGACUGGAUUGAAUGCGUUCCCGUUAUUCUCAGCUGAAAGGCACAGGCAAUGCAUGGCUUGCCUUGGAUAGUCCUAUAGUCCUGCUUCUUCAGGGACAGAGAUCCAGGGCAGCAGCUCCAGCUCAGGCACUGCAUUUGGGACACCUGGGCUGACCUGUCCCACACAGUUCCGUGGGGACAGGCUUAGUCAACCUUCCCAACAUGCUUGCUUGCUGUCCUUGUCACGGUGUAAUUCAGCCUAGGCCUCACACUGCUGCUCUCCAGAGCAAAACAGCUGCUGGGUGCAGACCCCUCUGCACUGGCUGGGCUUUGUUUUGGGCUCAGUUUCAGGCCUUGGCCACCUGCUAGGCCUAGCUUCAGUCACGGAUCUUUAAGCCUCAAGCAAGGGAAGAUUUCUCCUCAGGUACCUCCUCUGAUGGCUCAGCUUCAUUUCUGCUGUAAAAAUCAGCAUGGUCCCUGCUGUUCAAGGGCCAGCACAUCUCCUCCCUCAGUUCCUCUGCCCACGUCUGCCACAGUGAACAGUCUCUGUCUUGGAUACACUGGGCCAUCCACGGAGAAAUCUGCUGACCACAGGUCCCCUGAUGGCCUCUGCACAGCUCCAUUUCCACGGAUUCAUGGACUUUACUGCAGCAGGGACACUGAGGACCAAGGCAGGGGACUUGCCUUAAAUCCCAAAGACCUCUUCUAGAGGACAGCUGGAUCUCCUCACGCAUGUGUGGCACACCAAGACAGCCACUUAACCAGGGACAUUGUGGCAUGGGAAAGGUGAGCCCAGGGGAGCCAAACUGGCCUGAUGUGACUUUGUGUCUUCAGCUCUACAGCACUGUAGUGGGACGAGUCCAUUGCUGAAUUUCUGAGCAUGCAGACACGGGCUUUUAUAGGAACACCAAGCACUGUUGAUACUAUUAUUAAAGACCAGUGGUAUUACAAUAAGUGUUCUGCCUCCUUGUAUUCCCUGUUGAUUCAACAGGUUGUGGCAUUGUGAUUUAUUUACUGCAGUUGUGCAGGACAGCUCCUGUUACUGCCUUUGGCUAUGCUACAUCCCAGUGGUGGUGGCUGCAGCUUGUGCUGGGUGUGGUGAUCCCCGCCUUGCCCAUAUCAACAUCACUCUUUGAAAUUCCUUGAAAUGCUAUGGGACUUACAAACGGUGUGCAUGGAUCUUUUGGACUAUAAAGAGGGUGAGUCUUGGAAAACCCAUAUGCAGUGCCAGAGGUUCUGCACACUGGGAAGUGCUCAGGCAUCCUGAUGUCCUUCAGUGAUGCCAGAGAGGCACUGAGGGGUGUCCCCCAAGCCUGGGAGUGGUCCUGCCCCAAGGCUGGGCUCACACAAGGGCAUAGAGCAGGACUGCAUGGAGCUGAGCUUUCUGCAGACGUCCAGGUCCCCUCCAGGUCCUGCUUUGAGACCUCCAACAGCAGAGUAUGCUCUGAUGCUCUUAAGGAGGCCCUAGGUCCUUUUAUACUCCCUGCUUAUGUCCUUUGACUUUCCAAAGGAGUCACAAAACCUGAGAGGAUAUUUUUAGGUUUAUGUAGAUUUGAGCCCUAUGCAUUUUAUUUUGCAUUAAGUUUCUCCCUCAGUUUCUCACCCUUAUAUUAGCAAAUAUUGCUUUUAGGAAGAAUCAAGUCUGGGAACUGUGAAGGAAACAAAAUAAAAUUAAUUUAUUUGCUCUAUGUGAUGCUAGUGCUGUAUAAAUGUACACACACUGCAAGUCCCACUGUAAAUAACACCUGGUGUCGUGCUUUAAUGGAAAGUUUCAUUUAGAUGUUCUGUCAACUCUGUUGUGAAAUAGCCAAUUCCAGUCCCUUGGUUCCUUUUCUUCAUUCAAACCCUUCUUUUAUUUUUUUUAUUUGAUCUGUGUCUCGUCGUCACUGGAAAUUGCAGCUGUUCCAAUGGACUUUGUUUUUGUUCUCUCUGUCACAUUAAAAGGCUGGAAGAAAAAGAA